CUGACCUGAAGGUCAGGACGUGGCUGACCUGAGACCGCGCCGAGGUCAGGGCGCGGUCGGAUGCGGCUGUGACUGAUCCAUGAGGAUGAAGUGACGCGGGGGGCGAUGUCCGGCCGGAAGCUGUUCUCACGCGGCCAGAAGCGCGGCUCCGAGGGCGGCUCGAAGGCGGCCGUGCGCUACACACCCUGCUCCAGACAGGAGCUGCAGGCCGACGACGAGCUGGAUGAUAUCGCCGUCGUCUCCAACGCCGAGCCGGGUCAGGUCCGGUACGGCAGCGGCGCCGUCACCGCCAACGGGCCCAAGGUGGUCCCAGGCAUCAUCACGUCGCGCGGCCAGGAGCGGCUCAGCCAGUCGAGCACGCGGCUCAACACCACCUCGCCGGCGGCGGCCGCCAAGGCCUCGGUCGACUCGCUCAAGUGCCGCUCGGGCUCCAAGCAGUCGCUGAUCGAGCUCGUCUCCAGCCGGUUCAGCGUGCGCGGCGGCAAGCGCUUCAGCCGCGACUCGUUCAGCAGUUCGUACAUCAACCGGGCGCAGAUCUCCGAGCUGGACAUCCCGCGCAAGACGCGCGAGGCGCGCCGGCGCGAGAUCCGCACCAAGCUGCUGGACGGCUACCGGCGCGACGAGGGCCGGCACGGCUGCCGCUGGACGUUCGUGUUCGAUCCGGCCGGCCGGCUCUGCUACUACUGGAGCAUGGUCGUGUCGCUGGCCUUCCUCUAUAACUUCUGGGUGAUCAUCUACCGAUGUGCUUUCCGCGAGAUAGCGCCGGACACAGUGGUGGUGUGGUUCGUACUCGAUUACAUGUCCGACCUCAUCUACGCGCUGGACAUUGCUUUUCAUUUCCGCACCGGCUACCUGGAGGACGGUGUGCUACAGACAGACUCGGUGAAACUGCGAACGCACUACAUGAACUCGACGACGUUUUAUAUCGACGCGCUCUGCCUUUUACCGUUGGACUUCUUGUACUUGUCGAUAGGCUACAACUCGAUACUGCGCUGUUUCCGUCUGGUGAAAAUCUACCGGUUCUGGGCGUUCAUGGACCGCACGGAGCGGCACACCAACUACCCGAACGUGUGGCGCACCGUGUCGCUCAUCCACUACCUGCUGGUGUGCUUCCACUGGAACGCCUGUCUCUACCACAUCAUCUGCAUCAACCGCGGCUUCAGCGACCAGUUCGCGCCGCCGCGCAACCACACCGUCGACGACGUGGUGCUGGAGCACCUGGUGGCGCUCUACUGGUGCACGCGCGCGCUCACCACCAUCGGCGACCUGCCGCAGCCGGUCAACAAGGGCGACUACCUGUUCAUCGUCACACAGCUGCUGUUCGGCAUGUUCCUCUUCGCGGCCGUGCUCGGGCACGUGGCCAACAUUGUGGCCAACGUCAGUGCCGCGCGCAAAGAGUUCCAGGCCAAGCUGGACGCUGUGAAGACGUACAUGCGAAUGCGGCGAGUACCUGGUCACCUGCAGAAUAAGGUCAUCAAGUGGUUCGACUAUCUGUGGCUGACGCAGAAGAGCUCAGACGAGGAGAAGUCCGUCAGCUGCUUACCAGAUAAGCUGAAGGCGGAGAUUGCGAUUCACGUGCAUUUAGACACGUUGAAGAGGGUGGAGAUCUUCCAGAACACAGAGGCCGGCUUUUUGUGCGAGCUGGUGUUACGUCUGCGGCCAGUGCUCUUCUCACCAGGGGACUACAUCUGCAGAAAAGGGGAGGUGGGCAAGGACAUGUAUAUCGUCAACAAGGGUCGUCUUCAGGUGGUGGGAGAUGACGGAAAGCAGGUGCUCGCCACACUCAAGGCCGGCUCCUACUUCGGCGAAAUAUCCAUUCUCAACAUGGGAACGGCAGGGAAUCGUCGGACGGCCUCGGUGCGGUCGGUCGGCUACAGUGAUUUGUUCGUCCUCACCAAAAAGGACAUGUGGGACGUGCUCAAGGAGUAUCCUGCAGCUCGCGUAAGACUAGAAGCCAUCGCUACCAAACGCCUAGAGAAGAACAAAAAGGGACCGAUGGAUAGAGCCAAGCAGCUGCACGCGCUGCCGACCGUGAACGGUAUGACGCUGGGCCGGUGCAACUCCACUCCGGGCCUGGUGGAGAGCUCGGGCCGCGUCAGUCUGCAGGAGAUGUGGCUCAGCGACCGGCCGCCCUCCCACCGCAAACACUCCGUCUUCAGCGUGGGCAAGUCGUGCGUCAGUCCCGACUCCAG